AUGAGCACCCCUACAGAAUUUCAGUACAAGGAAAAGCCAGACACCCUGGUUCUUUUCGACGUCGACGGUACGUUGACUCCAGCUAGAUUGACAAUCUCCGAUGAAAUGAAGAAGACGCUUGAGAAAUUGAGACAGAAGGUCUGCAUCGGGUUUGUCGGUGGUUCCGAUUUGAGUAAACAGGUCGAGCAAUUGGGCCCAACCGUGUUGGCCGAUUUCGAUUACUCUUUCUCCGAGAACGGGUUGACCGCUUACAGACUGGGUGUUGAACAGGCCUCCCAAUCUUUCAUCAACUGGAUUGGUGAAGAAGAAUACAACAAGCUGGCCAAGUUCAUCUUGAGAUACUUGUCUGAGAUGGAGUUGCCAAAGAGAAGAGGUACCUUCUUGGAGUUCAGGAACGGUAUGAUAAAUGUUUCUCCCAUUGGUAGAAACGCCUCCACGGAUGAGCGUAACGAAUUCGAAGCAUUUGACAAAGUUCACCAGGUCAGAGCGAAGUUCGUUGACGCUUUGAAGAAAGAAUUCUCGCAUUUGGCGUUGACUUUCUCCAUCGGUGGCCAGAUCUCCUUCGAUGUCUUCCCAACUGGGUGGGACAAGACUUACUGUCUACAACACGUUGCCAAGGACGGUUUCAAAGAUAUUCACUUCUUUGGUGACAAGACUUUCGUCGGCGGUAACGAUUACGAAAUUUUCACCGAUGACAGAACCAUCGGCCACUCUGUGACCCGUCCAGAGGACACCAUUAAAAUCCUUACUGAACUGUUCGACUUAUAA